AUGCCCCAUAAACGGGCAAAGCGCACUCUCCGUGAAAAGCAGCGCACACAGUCGGGACGGAGAGCCUCGAGGAAGAGGAGGAAGUCUGAAGGCAAGGAUGGCGGAGAGGGCAAGUCGAAGUUGAGGAUACAGCCGGGCGAGUCAAUGGCACAUUUCAAUAGGCGAGUGGAGGAUUCGAUGCGCGGCGAUGUACGCGUGGCCAUGAAGAAUUCCUCCGCUCUGGCGCGAAAAGUCAGGAAAGGAGAGGAGGCGACAUCGAAAGCAACGAAGACAACGAAGAAGGGUGCACCGGCUCCUAGAAAGCAGAAACCCGAAGAGUUCGAACGUCUAUCUACCUCUACCCCUCGACGGCUGAACGACAUAGUGCAUGCACCUCCGGAGUUGAAGAAGCUACCACGAGGAGCAAAGCAACGACCGAAGUCCUCAGACGCGGCUGCCAAUGGAGAGGGCGCCGCUAGCUUGCGGCAAGGUGCGCUCUCCAUGGCACAAAAGGCGAUGCUCGACGAGGAGCGUCUUAAGGCAAUCAAUAUGUACAGGGAGAUGAAGAAGGCCAAGGCGGGUGGAUAA